CAGACGUGAUCAAGGUGCAGCUAAGAACUGAUAGCGGCUCCGAUAAGGAGGUGAACUAACGGCAUCCUGUCCCACGCAGGAGACCGGGUAAAGUCCCGCUCUGUGGACUGUGGACCCAAAGACCUGCUGAGCGUCUGAUGGAGGACGGUUCACAUCGUCGGCCCGUACGUUUGUGUGGAUCUCUGCUCUCCUGCUGCGAGACGUUUCUCAUCACAGAGUGUCGAUCUGCCGCCGCCAUGACUCCUCCCGCCUCCACUCGACCCUCGCGGACGCUCUGGCUGCUGAUCGUCACUGCGCUCCUGCUGAUGAUGAUGUCACUUCAAGUGUCGGCUGUUGAACCGGAGGCGUGUUUUUCCAGACAACACCAGAGUGUCAUCGUCAAUGUCAGACUAGCCUUAAACAGACCCACGACAGCCAUGGACUCCCGUGUGGUGCGGUCAGAGCGGGACUGUGUCCUCGCCUGCUGCUCAGAGGAAGUGAAGCCAGGUG